GGCGCCAGGAGCUCGUUUCCGAAGCCGGACCCCGCCUGCGGGGGCAGGACCCUCAACUCUACAACUGGGGCCCUGAAGUCUCGCCCUGGCCGGAACCUCGUCCAGUUACCAGGGCGCCCUCCAGGCAUUGGCGAGGCGGCCUGUCAAUCAGCACUCGGGCGGCAGCCCCCCGCGCGGGGGCUCAGCGAUGCCAGCCUUAGCGACAGGCGGCAGUGGCGGCGGCGGCGACCACGGCGCAGACACACACCCUCCCACACGCGCGCACACGGGCAGAGCCGGCGGGGAGGCGGCGGAGACACCCUCGGAGCCCGGCGCCCGGCGGGGAGGGGGCGCGCGACCCGGGACCGGCCCCGAGGCGCAGCAUGGAGGAGGAGAUGCAGCCGGCGGAGGAGGGGCCCAGUGUCCCCAAAAUCUACAAGCAGCGCAGCCCCUACAGCGUCCUCAAGACGUUCCCCAGCAAGAGACCGGCACUGGCCAAGCGCUACGACAGACCCACCCUGGUGGAGCUGCCGCACGUCCGGCCGCCCCCGCCGCCCUUCGCGCCGCACGCCGCCGUCGCCAUCAGCAGCAGCGAGCCGCCACCGCCGCCGCAGCAGUUCCAGGCGCAGAGCUCCUACCCCUCUGGGCCCGGGCGGGCCGCCGCCGCCGCCGCCGCCUCGUCGUCGUCUCCGUCCUGCACGUCCGCCGCGUCCCAGGGCCACCUGAGGACUCCGGCGCCGCCGCCCGCGGCCCCCGCCGCCGCCUCAUCCUCAUCUUUCGCCGCCGUCGUCAGGUACGGCCCGGGCCCGGCGGCCGCCGCGGGCAGUAGCAGUGCGGGCAGCGACGGCGCCAGCCUGGAGCUCAGCGCAGAGAGUCGUAUGAUCUUGGAUGCAUUUGCCCAGCAGUGCAGUCGAGUUCUCAGCCUCUUAAAUUGUGGAGGAAAACUUCUAGACUCCAACCAUUCUCAAUCCAUGAUUUCUUGCGUAAAGCAGGAAGGCUCAAGUUAUACUGAAAGACAGGAGCAGUGUCACGUUGGGAAGGCGGUCCACAGUCAGACCUCAGACAAUGUAGACAUAGAGAUGCAAUAUAUGCAAAGGAAACAACAAACUUCUGCCUUUUUGAGAGUUUUCACUGACUCCCUACAAAAUUACCUGCUCUCGGGGAGCUUUCCAACUCCAAACACCUCGUCAGUCAGUGAGUACGGCCACCUGGCCGAUGUGGAUCCUCUGUCAACCUCCCCCGUGCAUACACUAGGUGGCUGGACCUCCCCAGCGACGUCUGAAUCCCAUGGUCACCCAUCCUCUUCUACGCUGCCAGAGGAAGAAGAGGAGGAGGAGGAGGAAGGCUACUGUCCUAGAUGCCAAGAGCUGGAGCAGGAGGUUAUUUCACUGCAACAAGAAAAUGAAGAGCUCAGAAGAAAAUUAGAGAGCAUCCCAGUGCCCUGCCAGACUGUUUUAGAUUACUUGAAGACUGUGCUGCAACACCACAACCAACUCAUGAUCCCACAGCCAGCUGACCAGCCGACCGAGGGAAGCAAGCAGCUGUUGAACAACUAUCCUGUCUACAUAACGAGCAAACAGUGGGACGAGGCUGUAAAUUCUUCAAAGAAAGACGGGAGGCGGCUCCUUCGAUACCUCAUCAGAUUUGUUUUCACGACCGAUGAGCUUAAGUACUCAUGCGGCCUUGGGAAAAGGAAAAGGUCAGUGCAGUCAGGAGAGACAGGUCCUGAGAGACGCCCUCUGGAUCCAGUUAAAGUAACAUGCCUCCGAGAAUUCAUUAGGAUGCACUGUACCUCCAACCCUGACUGGUGGAUGCCCUCUGAGGAACAAAUAAACAAAGUCUUCAGCGAUGCUGUGGGUCACGCCCGGCAGGGGCGGGCAGUAGGGACUUUCCUGCACAACGGUGGCUCGUUUUAUGAAGGGAUCGAUCACCAGGCUUCCCAAGAUGAAGUCUUCAAUAAAAAUUCCCAGGAUGGCUCUGGGGAUUAGUGGACAAAAUCUUUCCACUGUAGCAGCCGGUCCUCUGAAGAGUUCAAAUUGUGAAUGUCCUGUUACUGUCACCUUAGAGUCCAAAGCAUGUCAUUCUGUUAGACUUUACACAUCCUAAACCUUAACUCUCUUGACCUACUGCCACAGUUCCCAAAUAGAAAUCCAUUUUAGGGUUGUUUGGGAAAUCUAUGGAGCCUACAACAGACUUUUGGAAUAUUAUAUUAUAAAAAGAAAAAACUGCAAUUGAUUUUAGAUGAUUACUAGCUAGACGGUGAGGGUGAAAAAUAUAGGUGAGCUCCUGGUCACCUGUCUGAAAUCUUCAAGUAAGUUCUGCUCCCUGAGCAGAGCUGGUCCCCAGGGAGAUUGGGUUAGUGUUCCUGCCCAUGGGAGCAAGUAGAGACAUGGAGUUAUUUUGAGAGACAAGGAACAAGCAUUCUCUUAAUUCUAAUAAGUUGUCUUUAUGUUUUCCAAAGACUCAAUUCAUACUUCUCAGCAGACGUAGGAUAGGUGACGUCUGUCUCUACAUUGACAAAGCCUACUAAAAAGAAACCAGAGAAUGGAGGCCACCUCUAGUAAGCAAUUAAUUGGAAGUCAGCCGUAUUUGUCAGUUAUUUUUACCAAAAAAACAUUCUACCAUGUGGAUCCGGAAGACACUAUGUGAUCUCUGGAGUUUACAAACAGUGAGUUUUCAUUCUUUCAGUCAGGAAACAUCCAAAGAUCCAAAACUGUUUUCAAAUUCUUGAUUUUGUAUGUUCAUAGAUCCACAGUUUCCAUAGCCUUAACUCAGGCUUUGUUGACACAAUGCCAAAGUGAUGGGUUGAACAAUGAGAAUUUCAGUCAGUUAGUUGUUUGGUGCACUGAGGACCCAACAAGUGGUGUGACUGAUGGUAUUCCCUGAACUGACCAGAUGUUCUGGAAUUGUGUACACACAGCUUCACGGCCGUUAUGACAACUAUGCAAUGGGCUUGUCUAUAAUUUUGCUGAAAUUUGAGGGUCUUUCUGUGCUGAGUUGAUCUUUAGAAUUUGCGUAAAACUGUUUCACGUUGUCAUUGAUGAAAAUGUUUCAUCCCAGCUGUUGUGUGCCUCCUUCACCCCAAUAUUCUCUUGAACUACAAGCUCUGGCUAAGUUAACACUGUACCACUGCCGUUCAUUUUCCCCUGUUUAAUUUGUGGAGCUCCAUCUGUGAAGUUAGUAGUGAUUUGGUACCAUUUCUUAUGAAUGAAUGCUGUAGAGUUACUAGAAUCUAUUUCUGAGAGCUUCAGCUUUGGAGGCCAGGAGAGGCUUCCUUUAUCACGCUGAUGCAGGUUACUCCAUUCCGUGUGGAGCAAAGGGCUAAAUGGGCAGCAUUUAUUGAAGGCUAUUAGUGUCAUCCUCAAACAUGACUAAGGGUUUUAAAAAUUGGUUAGGAAUGUAUUUAAAAUAUAUGAGCAUCCAUUUAUAAAGGGGGGAGUUUUGCCGUUAUUUGUCAAAGUAAAAUAAUAAAUUAUCCUUUAUGUUCAGUAAUUAGUUAGCACCAACUAUAUGCACAGCCCUGGAAAUAGAUCCUUUAGCUUUUGUUAUGGUUAUUAGUUUCAUCCAUUGAAAAGUUUAAUGUUUAUAGAAAUGGUGAUUUGUCAUAUCUGUUAAAUGGUGUGGGGAGAACUAAUACUUCAAUCCUAUUUUGAGCAAGUUAGCUAAAAUUUGGAAGUAAAAGAGUUGAUAAGGGCACAUGCGAUGUUUCUUAUGGGAACCAUGAGGCUAAUGUCUUUGGCUGUCCAGGGAAGAGAGAUAUUUCUUGAAGAGUUUUUAGAAGUCUACGAAGUCGGUAUCUUAUAAGAUUCUUUGGUGACAUGAAAUCUUGGCCGGAAGAAAAAUACCACCAUAACCUCAUCUGUCUUUCCAUUUUACUUUUUCUUUUUUUUUCACAUCAGGCUUUGGUUGUCCUUACUGCUGAGUACCGUGUUCUUUUGUUCUAUAGCAGCAAUAUUUGACCACUGCUUUUAAAAAAAAACUUCCAACCCUUAUCGUUUUCCUGCAAGCUUGAGAUUUCUUCACGUCUUCACAUCUGAGCAUCAUCUUGGAGCCCUGUGUUGUGCUGGUCUUCAGUGAGGGAGAUGAUGAAGGCUUUUCUGCACUCACUCUCCAUAGCCUUCCAUGGUGGCCUGCUUACAGAUGAGGUGCUUGCACCACUGCUGUGAGAGAGGGUGACAGGAACCUUCAGUUUGGCUGUAAUUAUCACCUCAGAAGACUACGAGGGUAGGCUCCCUACCCUUUGCUCCAAAGGCACGUCUGGCCUCUUUCCCCCACCCCAGUCUGGGUGAGUUUUUUCUCUACCAGCUGUUUUCCAGUACUUCACAAAUUCCAGAAUGUUGGAACUACAUGUUGGCCAUCU